UUUAUAUGAGACACGUGUUUACUUCAGAGACAAAAGCGAUCUGAAGAAGAGAAGAAUGAAAAAAACCAAAAGAUAAUCGAAACCUCCAUCCAGUUCACAUGGCCAUACCAGGAGGUGCCUGACAUCCAGGCCUGGGCUGUCUAUGUGAUGACGAAAUUUUAGAAGAGAGCAGCAUAUAUUUGUGGGUAGGGAAGAGUUUCACACAGAACAUGGAGUUAGCCAAAGAGGGUGGCAUGGAUGAAAGAUUGGAGCCUAUUAAACAAGAGGACCGUGAGUGGGGUGCAGUGGAAUAUUUAUGUGUGAAGGUGCAGGAUUGUGAAAGAAGAAUUUCAGUUUUUAAAGAGGAGGAGUGCAAGAAGAUUAUUGAAAUUAAAGUUGAGGAUUCAGAAAAUCUGUCAGGUGAUCUUGAACUGCAAAAGCAUGAAACUGGGAAUAUUUCUAAGGAAGAUAUCUGUGAAGAAUCUCAUUGCAGUUCACAGCCAUCAUUCACUAAUGUGGGACAACUCACCACCCAGCAGAAUGCUGUAAAACUGAAGUCUGAGCUAACUGAGUUUAAAGAAAAAGUCAGUGAAGGAAUCGGGAGAGAAGCAGAUGAACGGAAUUCAUCUAUGAGUGUGGGAAGAAAUGUAUGUCUGAAUGUCAGCUCCUCGCCAUCUUUAUCUCUUCAACCCACUCUUCAAUUCAACUUGGAACAGAAACGGGACAAAGGGAACAUGAAGAAAUCGAGAGGAUCAGAGAAUUUGACAUUAUCCUCUUUCCAUUGUAGUUCUCUUUCUUUGAAAGAAGCUGUCAAAACUGACAAAGAUCAAGGACAUAACACAGAUUCAGAGGCUUUGCGUACUGGUCAAGAAUGUGGAGAAAUGUUUAAAAACAAGACUGACUGUAAAGAUAACAAAUCAGUUCAUUCAAAACCAAAGCCAUUUUGCUGUUUGGAAUGUGGCAAAAGAUUUUUCUGGAAUAGCGAUCUUCAGAGUCACACAAGAAUUCAUACUGGAGAAAAGCCGUAUAGCUGUGCUGAAUGUGGCAAAAGAUUUAGCCAGAGUAGCAAUCUUCGGAGUCACUCAAGAAUACACACUGGAGAGAAACCAUAUUGCUGUUCUGAAUGUGGCAAAAGAUUUAUCCGGAGUAGUGAUCAUCAGGUACACAUGAGAAUUCAUACUGGAGAAAAACCUUAUUGCUGUUCUGAAUGUGGCAAAGGAUUUAGCCAGAGUCACACUCUUCAAAGUCACAUGAGAAUUCAUACUGGAGAAAAACCAUAUUGCUGUUCUGAAUGUAGCAAAGGAUUUAGCCACAGUAACGCUCUUCAGAGUCACAUGAGAACUCAUACUGGAGAAAAACCUUAUUGCUGUUCUGAAUGUGGCAAAGGAUUUAGCCAGAGUCACACUCUCCAGAGUCACAUGAGAAUUCAUACUGCAGAAAAGCCAUAUUGCUGUUCUGAAUGUAGCAAAGGAUUUAUCCGGAGUAGCGAUCUUCAGAGUCACACAAGAAUUCAUACUGGAGAAAAGCCAUAUAGCUGUGCUGAAUGUGGCAAACGAUUUAGCCAGAGUAGCAAUCUUCGGAGUCACUCAAGAAUACAUACUGGAGAAAAACCAUAUUGCUGUUCUGAAUGUGGCAAAAGAUUUAUCCGGAGUAGUGAUCAUCAGGUACACAUAAGAAUUCAUACUGGAGAAAAACCUUAUUGCUGUUCCGAAUGUGGCAAAGGAUUUAGCCAGAGUCACUCUCUUCAGAGUCAUACAAGAAUUCAUACUGCAGAAAAGCCAUAUUGCUGUUCUGAAUGCAGCAAAGUAUUUAGCCACAAUAACGCUCUUCAUAGUCACACAAGAAUUCACACUGGAGAAAGGCCAUAUUGCUGUUCUGAAUGUGGCAAAGGAUUUAUCCGGAGUAGCGAUCUUCAGAGUCACACAAGAAUUCAUACUGGAGAAAAGCCGUAUAGCUGUUCUGAAUGUGGCAAAAGAUUUAGCCAGAGUAGCAAUCUUCGGAGUCACUCAAGAAUACAUACUGGAGAAACACCAUAUUGCUGUUCUGAGUGUGGCAAAAGAUUUAUCCGGAGUAGUGAUCAUCAGGUACACAUGAGAAUUCAUACUGGAGAAAAACCUUAUUGCUGUUCCGAAUGUGGCAAAGGAUUUAGCCAGAGUCACUCUCUUCAGAGUCACAUAAGAAUUCAUACUGGAGAAAAACCAUAUUGCUGUUCUGAAUGUGGCAAAGGAUUUAGCCACAGUAACGCUCUUCAGAGUCACAUGGGAAUUCAUACUGGAGAAAAACCUUAUUGCUGUUCUGAAUGUGGCAAAGGAUUUAGCCAGAGUCACACUCUUCAGAGUCACAUGAGAAUUCAUACUGGAGAAAAGCCAUAUUGCUGUUCUGAAUGUAGCAAAGGAUUUACCCGGAGUAGCGAUCUUCAGAGUCACACAAGAAUUCAUACUGGAGAAAAGCCGUAUAGCUGUUCUGAAUGUGGCAAACGAUUUAGCCAGAGUAGCAAUCUUCGGAGUCACUCAAGAAUACAUACUGGAGAAAAACCAUAUUGCUGUUCUGAAUGUGGCAAAAGAUUUAUCCGGCGUAGUGAUCAUCAGGUACACACAAGAAUUCAUACUGGAGAAAAACCUUAUUGCUGUUCUGAAUGUGGCAAAGGAUUUAGCCAGAGUCACUCUCUUCAGAGUCACACAAGAAUUCAUACUGGAGAAAAGGCCCUGAAGGAGUAUGUUAGAGAAGUGAAGGUGAAGAAGCAGAAGGAAGAAAAGAGGGAGAAAGCAGUAAAAAAGUCACCUUUCUAAUUGCCUAAGUUUUGAUGAGUACCUUCAUGUUGGUGGUCUUUGCUUUAAAAGGUGUAUACCAAAACUCAUCAAGGCAAAACUACUAUUAUAGUAUGAAAAGGAACCCAAAAAGUAACUUAUACUGGCCACACAUC